AUGGCAGCUUAUUCCCGUGCCGAUGUUCCUGCCGAUGUGAACGCAGCAUUCUGCGAAGCUUCGCAAAUUCCUCUUCCGGUUGCCCAACAGGUGCCUCUUCAGGUGCCUUCUCAGGUAACGAGCAACCCGGGAGGCGAUCCGCAUGGAAGCGCUGAUUCCGCCGCGGACCCCGCAGCCUCGGCGUCUGCGAAUCCAACGGCUAAAGUGCCUAUGCUGCCGCUGCGGCGCGGCCUUGGCGUGCGCUGGCACCGAACCUCGUCUGCUUCGGUGGUAACCGCAGCCACCGGCCCCAUGCCGGUUACCACCACUACUAGCCAGAUCAAUACACAUAAUCCCAGUGCUACUGUUUCCGCUAGUAGCAGCGCUGGCCCAUACACAAAUUUGACCGUGCCUAUUUUUAGUAACCCUGCUAUUUCUAGCAGCAGCACCAGUGCGUUCUCCAGUGCGGGCAGCAGGGCGAGAGCUGCUGCGAGUUCGGAUGCUGAGUCUGCGAGACUCGUGCGUCCACUGGGGGGAAGGAGGACAGAUGAACAGCUUCACCUUGCUCCCGCCUCUGCUACCAGCAAAUCUGCGACCCCGUCGGCUUCGGCUGCUUCGUCCUCUCUCGCGGCGGCUGCUGCGGCGGCCAUUGCGGAGUACAACGCGCUCGUGGAGCAGAGCGUUGCAGCAGCACCUGACAAAACACCUGAAGAAACGCCUGAGGAAAUGCCUGAGGAAACACCUGGAGAGGCAAGGGCGCCCGUGCCUGCGUGCACGACGCACGACGGCGCAACAGGGCCAAUUCGUCCGCAUCUGCCCCUACCCCAGAAGGUACUAGCACGAACGGUGUCAGACCCUGGGGGUGGUACCCCUGCCAAAACACAGCAAGCCUCUGAAACGGCUGUAGCGGCAGGUGGUGAGGGUGAGGGAGGCACGCGUAAUGAGGAAGGUGGGCAGGGUGGGAGUAAUGGCGGUGGUGGUGGUAACAGUGGUGGUGGGGGUCGCGGUAGUGGUAAUGGUGGGGCGCUGCUGAAGUGGCUGUCGUGGGGUAAGGCGAAGUUAGGCGGAAAGGGAAACUCUAAGCGGCGCAAGGGGAAGGAGGAGCAGCAAGGCAGCAGCGAGGAAGCGAAGGGGCGGGCUGCGGAGGAGAUUAAUGGGCGGGAUCGUGGUAGUGAGGCGAGGGGCGGCGGCGGCGGCGGCGGCGGUGGUGGAGGCGAUGCACGGGGAGGGGGGUUUGGAUGGGUAGGUUCUGGUAGUGGUGCUGUCGUCGUUGGUGGUGGUGGCGGUGGUGGUGGCAGUGGCGGUGGUGGUGGCGGUGGUGGUGGUGGUGGCGGUGGUGGUGGUACUGGUGAUGUUGGUGGUGCUGGUGAUGAUUCCUUCUCUGCCGCGAACUCUGCUUCAAGAGCUACUUUGGACACGUGGCUGCACGAGACCGAGGUGCAUGAGGAUGGGAAUGACGUGGAGGAUGCUGACGUGGAAGGAUUAGGUGAUGAUGAGGUGGAACAGAGGGUUGCUGAAUGGGGGGUUGUGCUGGUUGGGGAGGAGGAGGAGGAGGAGGAGGAGGUGGAGGAGGAGGUGGAGAAGGAGAAAAAGGAAGGGGAGGAGAAAGGGAAGGAAGAGAGGGAGGACGAUGAGAAAGAGGAGAAAGGGGAGGGAGAAGAAAUAGGGGAGGAGGAGGAGGAGGAGGAGGAGCAGGAGGAUGAGGAGGAGGAGGAGGAUGAGGAGGAGGAGGAGGAUGAGGAGGAGGAGGAUGGGCAUGAAACGGAGAUGGAGGAUACCACCACCAGGGGUGCAGUCCCGGAUAAAGCGGGUGAUAGGUGUUACUCUGCCGGCCAAGGUGAAGGGGGAGAUGGGGAGAAGGAAGGAGGAGAGAGCGCGAGAGAGAGGGAAGAGGAGGAGGUGGAGGGGAAGGGGGGGAGGAAAGCGGAUGGGCGAGGGGUAGAUGAGGGGGAGGAGGAGAGUGAGGGAGGGCAGAGAAGUGAUGUGGUGGGAAUGGGUUCAGAAGGGUUUCACUUUGACGUGACUUGCAAUCAGGCGGAGGAGGAGGAGGAGGGGAGUGUUGACGGUGUAACUGCCAGGACUGCUGGAAACGCCUUUGAAACCAAGGCUCUACCAACCAGAGGCUUGAUUGGAGAGGAGGAGGGCGAGAAGGGAGAGGAGGAGAAAGAGGAGGAGGAAGAGGAGGAGGAAGAGGAGGAGGAGUUGAGGGAGAGGCAGCAGCAGGAGUGGCAGCGGCAGUGGCAGCUGCAGCAGCGGCGGAUAGGCUUAGUGGUGUCAGGCGGAGAGGAUACAGAAGGGGGUGAUAUUAACGGGGGGAGUGGCAACAGAGGGGGAGGCAGCAGAGGCAAAGGGCAGGGAGAUACUGCAAAGGGAACAAGACAAUCGGCACCCUCAUCCCCAGCACGAGACGACUCGUGUGUGUCGUUUGCGCAGUGGGUGCAUCUGCGCGGUUCCCCCUCCCGCGGUUCCCCCUCCCGCGCGUCCUCCGCCGCGCACAGCCCCGCGCCUGGGCUCCCCAUGCGCGCGUCCGCCGCUGGCGCACGCGCAGCAGCUGCUGCUGCAGCCGCACGCGCAGCAGGCGCUGGCGCGUCUGGCAGGGGAGUGGGCGGAAACGGGGGGCGGAAUCGCGCAGGAGGAGCUACAGGAAGCGAUUCUAUUGGUUGGGAGAGCAGAGGAGGAGGGAGCGUGGGGGGAACCCACGUGCAGGCGCAGACACUAACGAGGAUCCAGGCGGAAUCAGUGGUUGAAAAGCUUAGUGCUGUGGUUACCAGCAACCAGAGGGAUUGUGGUAACGGUAACCAGAUUAGUGGUGGUAACCAGGGUAGUUGUGCUAAUCCGUUUGCUGAAAUGCCCUCCGUCCCCUUCACAAGCACCAACCCGUUCCUGUGCAGCAGCGACUCGUUUGGAGACGAGCCGGGCAAGGGCAGCAGUGGGGGAUACGGUGCUGGCUGCUUUGGCGAAGUGGGAAGCGAAGUUGCUGGUUACCCUGUUAUGCUACCGCACAUUGACACUCCUGGAAUCGUCAACACGAGUCCGUUCGCAGCAGCAGCUGCAGCAGAGGCCGAGGAGGAGCAUACGUGGCAGGCGCAACUGGGGCAGGUGCUACCUGGGCAGGUGGUAUCUGGGCAGGUCGUAUCUGGGCAGGUCAUAUUUGGGCAGGUCGUAUCUGGGCAGGUCGUCUCUGGGCAGGUUUCGGGUGCUAGUGCAAACGUCAGCAGCAAGACUCUACCACCGUCCCUCUGGCCUGCAUACCCUGCGUCCCCAUCCUCCCCCUCUCCUGUGUCCCGCCCUUCCCAGUCCCCUCCCCCUGUCCCUUCCGCCGCCCCUUCCCCUGCCCCUGCCCCUGCCCCUGCCCCUGCCCCUACAGUUGCCCCUACUCCUGCCCCUCCUUCUACCCCUGCCCUGGCCUUUGUCCCUGCCCCUCCUCCUGCCCCUUGCCCUGCUCCUGCCACUUCCCCCGCCCUCUCCUGUGCUACUGUCACUGCUCCCACUUCUAUUGGCGCUUCCUCAGUGGUCAAAAUCGCAGUUUCAGCCGAUCCUAAGAUUCCUGCAGUUGCAGGUGUGGAGAGCGGUGAAGGGAAAGACGAGAGCACUUCAGAGUGGACUCACAGGGAAGGAGAGGGCAGGGCGACGAGUGAGGGGCAGCAGGGGGCGGGCAGUGCAAGGGAAGACGAAAGGACUUUGGAGUCGACUCAAAGGAAAGGAGAGGGCAGGGCGAUGAAUGAGGGGCAGCAGGGGCCGGGCAGUGCAGGGAAGAAGCGAGUGCGGUUCAGAGCGGUGGGUGCAGAGGGGGAUGAGCCAGAGGAGGGUGGAAACCAAGCAAGGGAAGACGAUCAGGCCAUGGGAGAAUCGCCCAGUGGUAACCAGACAGGGGCAUGUAACCAGACAAAAGGUGGUAACCAGAAGAGGGCAGGUUCGCCUGGGCGGGUGGGGACUGCACCCCUGGGUCUAUCGCAGCGCAUAUGCUGGGUGCCCGCUUCUAAAACUGCUAAUUCAGAUCGUGAGUCGCCGGACCAGACACCGAACCAGACACCGGUCUUGGGUCAACGAGUUGGUCCGGAGCAGAGGCGUCCUUAUGCUGCUGCGGUGGCUGCCGUGGCCGGGCAGGUUGCUGGUCGUCAAGAGAAGGAAGGGGAGGGAGGGACGGCAGAUGGAGAGGUGAGAAAUGCCUUCAGCCCAAGUGGCAAUAGCAGCAGCGGCGGUGGCAGUGGCGGCGAUGGCAGCAGAAGGAGUGACAGCAGUGACAGCAGUGGGGUUCCGAAGCUGCUAGUCCCAUGCCCCCCUGUCACCCCUCGAAACAGCUCUCCCCGGAACAAGGCGGCGGGAGGGGCGGCAGCGGGAGCAGCAGCACGGGUAGCAGCAAAGGCAGCUAUGGCUGCUAGGGGUAUCACUGGUGGUACUGCGGUCAAGAGUGGUACCAGCUGUGUUUCAGUCGAAAGCAGUGGUGGGAAGGAGGAGGCAAGAGGAGGGAAGGGCGAUGGUGGUGGUGGUGGGAGUUUGGAGAGAAGCAAUAGCAGCAACAGCAAGGGCAGCAGUAGAGGUGGUAACCCUGUUACUCAGACGAAUCAGGGCGCGUUUGGAGCUGGAAAUCUCGCUAAGGGAGGAACUGACAGUGCUGGUCAGCAAUCAAAGGUCUGUCAACUCCCAGGCUCCUACCGUAAGCCUCGCACCGCUCCCAACCCCUUUGAACCCUCCUCCACCCCUUCCCCUUCCGCCAAAUCACCCCUUUCUGACAGCCCCUCCCCUGCGCCCAACGCCGCCCCUGGACCCCCUUCCCCCGCCCCUCCCCCCGUCCGCCCGCGCUCCCCCUCCCCCUCCGCCUCCUCCGCCCUCCUCGUGGCGCUUCCCCCCCGAAGGUCCCCAGGGAGGGUGUGGGGGGGGAUGGGGAGGAGGGGGUAUGAGGUCGGGGGUUUGGAGGUGUGUGGGAGUGAUGGGGAUGAGGAGGAUGGGGGGGGACAGGCAAGGACAGGUGCAGAGGAGUGGGAGAAGGAAGGGAGUGUGAUAGGGGAGGGGAGUGUGGUGGGGGAGGGGAGUGUGAUGGGAGAAGAGAGUGUUGUUGGCGAGGGGAGGGUUUUUUGGGAGGGGAGUGUCGUGGAGAAAGAGGAGAGAGUGGAUGUGGUGUGUGAAAGGGUGGGAGGAGCGGAGGGAGGAAAAUGGAAGGAUGAGGUAGGGGGUGGAGGAAAGAUGGAAAUAGUACCAACCGGGCCUGGAGAGAGAGUGGUGAAAAGUGGGGUGGUUAAGGUGGAGGAGGGAAAAUCGAAGGGGAAUUUACCUCGAACGCCAUCCCCCCCUGCAGGGCCAAAGCCCAGUUCGUGUGGUGGGAGAGGAGGGAGAGGUGGUGCAGUAACCGGUGCCGGAGCAAGAGCAGGAGCAGGAGGAGGAGCAGUGGGAGCCGGAGCAGGAGGAGGAGCAGGAGGAGGAGCAGGAGGAGCAGGAGGAGCAGGAGAAGCAGGGGGGCGGAGUGGGCGGCGAGGGAAAGAGAACAGUGGAGAAGCUACUAUGGGCCAAGAAGAGGAUUCCAGGCGUGGAGAUGGGCUUGGAGAAGAGGACGGGUCUUACAGUGGGAGUGAACUAGAGGGAGGAAGUGCAUCAGAGGGAGCAAGUCCUCUAAAGGGAGGGAUAGCAUUAGGAGGAGCAGUAGAAGGAGGGAGCUCGCCAGGAGGAGGAAGACCCCGUGUUCCUUCCCCUCCCACUGGUCCCCGCCCGAAAUCCCCCCUGGGGCAGCUGAACGCACGGAGGAAAGUGGCUCGCUCGCUCACAGUCGCACUCAAUAAGAGCAUGUCUCUCCCAUCGCCUAAGGAGAAAAUCGCCUGGCGGUACGAAAGCGGCUACGUCGCCCCGGAGGUGUGCCUUCGGGCGGUCGACACCUGUCCCUCCAGUGAGAUCAAAGUCUGGCAGUUCUCCUGGCAGGCGGGCUUUGUCCCCUGCCGCGGGUAA